CCCAUCCUCCCGUAUAUAUUGCCCAGCCUGCUCCCAUUCUCCUCCCACCAACACAUCUACACAAGCAUCAUCACUUCAACUCAGUUACUACCACUACUACUAUCCAAUCAUCUACAGCGAUCAGACUUCACAGGGCAGUCUCCACAUCAACGCAGCAAGAACAUGGCGGCUGCAGCGAAGGCGUCGUGGACGGUGGCGAUGAGCGUCGGCGCUGUGGAGGCGCUCAAGGACCAGGCCGGCCUCUGCCGCUGGAACUACGCGCUCAGGUCCAUCCACCGGGCCGCCAAGGCCAACGUCCGCGCCGGCGUCUCUCAGGGAAAGAAGCAGCUUCAUGCCUCCGCGGCGGCGGCGGCGGAGAAGCGGCGAGCUGAGAAGGCCGAGGAGGGCCUGAGGACCGUCAUGUAUCUCAGCUGCUGGGGUCUGUACUAAGUUAGGUGCUCGGCUGUUCCUUGCAGGAACUACGGGCCGCUUUGCCUCCUCAUUGUAAAUAUCUGUUACACGGUCGAUGAUGAUGAAAACUUCCGUCACCAACGAGUA